AUGCGCGUCUCUAUCCUUACCGCUGCCCUUGUGGCUGCUCCCGUUCUUGCCUACCCCGGCAUGAAGAACACUCUCUCCGAGAUACAGUCCCGACAAAGCAAAUCCAACAACGGUGGCGGUCCGCCCUCAUCUGGAGGCGGCGCUCCCCCGGCUCCGGGAGGUGGUACUCCCCCGUCUGGCAAAGGCGGCCCGCCCCAAUACGGAGGUAGUCCUCCUCCAUCUGGAGGCGGCGGCGCUCCUCCGGCCUCAGGAGGCGGUGUCCCUUCCAUCCCCGUUCCGAUAAGCGUCUCCACUCCGGGUUCUUCUUUACCCAAGGGUGGCGCAUGCCCGCCAAAGGACACCCCUGAAUGUGCCGCCGAUACCUGCUGUAUCUGGAAGUACAUUGCCGACGACCUUCAAACUACGUUCAAGGGUGAGUCUGGACGAUGCACCGACUUCGCCCGCGCCGCCAUCCGCCUCGGCUUCCACGAUGCUGGCGGCUGGUCAAAGGCCACCGGACUCCUGGGUGGAGCUGACGGCUCCAUCAUCCUUGCUCCGGAGGAGAUCAAGCGCGAUGAGAACAGGGGCCUAGAGGAGAUUGUCGAGCAGACCAAGGUCUGGUUCAACAAGUACAAGCAAUACGGCAUCAGCAUGGCCGACUUGAUCCAGUUCUCCGCCAACACGGCCACCGUUGUCUGCCCCAUGGGACCUCGUGUCCGCACCUUUGUCGGCCGCAAGGAUUCUUCUGUCCCCGCGCCCCACGACCUUCUUCCCUCGGUCACCGGCUCCGCCGACUACCUAAUUGAGCUUUUCGGCAACAAGACCAUCAGCUCGUACGGUCUCAUCUCGCUGAUUGGCGCCCACACCACCAGCCAGCAGCGCUACGUUGACACAGAGCGUGCCGGUGACCCGCAAGACAGCACACCCGGUGUCUGGGACGUCAAGUUCUACUCUGAGACGCUCGGCAAUGCUCCCGCUCGCGUCUUCAAGUUCGCUAGCGACGUCGUCCUCUCCAAGGAUUCCCGCACCAGCGCCCAGUUCCAGGCUUUCGCCGGUCCUGGUGGGCAGGCUGCCUGGAACGAUGGUUACGCCCGCGAGUACAUCCGUCUUUCUCUCCUCGGCGUCAACAACAUCAACGACUUGACAGAGUGCACCAAGGCACUGCCCCUCCGCUGGGCUGGCAACAACUUCAGAGCUCCUGACCAGGGCAACGUUGACCAAUGGGUCGCCACCAAGGGCAAGGUUCCCCAGAUCCCCGACGAGCUGAGAGGUGGUAAGCCCAUCGGGCCUCCUCCCCCGCCCGCCGGCCCUGAUGCGUCCAAGGGCAACACUCCUGGCGCACCGUCCAAGGCCAACACCCCUGCUGUGCCAACUUACAAUACUCCCACUGUGCCUACGAAGGACGACAAGCCGAAGGACAAAAACAACACUCCCUCAGCACCGCCUAAGGGUAACACUCCCUCCGUACCUACUUACAACACCCCCUCUGUGCCUGCGAAGGACGACAAGUCGAAGGACAACAAUAACAACAACAACAACACUCCCUCAGCGCCGCCCAAGGGUAGCACCCCCUCCGUGCCUACUUACAACACCCCCUCUGUGCCUGCGAAGGACGACAAGCCGAAGGACAACGCUCCUGCCGCACCUCCCAAGGGCAACACUCCCUCCGUGCCGACCUAUAACACCCCCUCUGUGCCUGCGAAGGACGACAAGCCCAAGGAUAACACUCCUGCCGCACUGCCAAAGGGCAACAACAACUCUCCUUCGGCGCCGUCCAAGGGCAACUCCCCCGCUGUGCCGAACGGCAACACUCCCUCGAACGGUGGUUCGAAGGGGAGUUCUAACGGCGGCUACGGUUACUGA